AUGCAGGGCACGAUUCCCAGUGGCCAUGUCGUAUCAUCAUUCUCUUCCAGUAAGUUGCGAGCUGCUGUCGACUGCGACGCCCAUCUGGCCGCUGCUGCUACUGCUGCUGCUACUGCUGCUACUCUGCUGGCUAUCGGUAUUUUCACUCACUCUCACUGGGGGGAGACUGCUGCGCACCUGGCAGUGUCGCGCGAUCCUCGAGCCGGUGCUCUGCACUUUGACAUCGGCACUCGGCGGUUCCAAGUUAUCGCCCAAUCCAACCAGCGCACGGGGGCCAACCAGCCGUGGCAUCUCCAUCACCAGUGGCAGAACCCACCAAGAGGUCUGACAAGCAGCGCAACAACCAAGCCUGCAAUGAGUGUCGCCGAUCUAGAAUCAAAGAACUGCACAUAUGUUGGCUCCUCGGGAGAGACGAGGAUAGAGGCCACAAAGAACCGCCUCGAGUUACUGGAAAAGGUUCUUGGCACGCUGCAGAAUGGAUCAUCAGACCAAGCUGCUCAAUUGUUGAGCGAUCUCAGGUCAACAACAGAUUUGACCUCGGCCUUGGGGCGGAUCGCGGUUGAUGGCCCUUCGCAGUCAUCGACGCCCAGCCACAAUACCACUGAUUCUGCGCACUCUCCAGAUGGUACUAUAUCGCCGGGAUUCAGUCAAACUGCCAAUCGCUCAUCAGUGUCCACCCCAAUGCACACGACAUCAUAUGCUACUUCCGAAGGGCGGAUAUCUCCCGUUGCCCGUUCUGGUCCGUCUUCUUUCGUUUUUCCCGGCACGUGUGCCAUCACGCCUCCCAGGGCGGAGGAAGUGUCGCUUGCCGUAAGCGGUUUCUUCCGAUGCAGUGGGGCCUUGUUUCACGUCUUCAGCGAAGACCAGGCCAGGAAGAUAUAUGAUGCCGUCUAUGGUGAACCAGAAGCACAGAUGAAUGCAUCUGCAGCCGAUAUUUGUUGUCUCAUGACCAUUGCCGCUGUUGGGGCACAGUACGAACAUGGCAACUAUGAUCUUCAGACUGAAACCGCCUUUUACGAUAUCGCAAAGCACUACUUUGAUGAUAUCGUGAAUCAAGAGGGGCUCGAUGCCAUCAAGGUUUGCAUCUUGCUGUCAAUGUACAAUGUGUUUGAAAAGUCUACAGUCGCACUCGCCUAUAUUGAGGUCGGUCUCAGUCUGUCGAGGCAAUAUCAAAUGGUCUUGGAGCAGCGAAAGCGACCAGACUCGCAACCCGGCGCCUUGUCUGAAAGCAAGCACAUUUGGAGGACUUUGGUGUUCUUGUCCAGUUGGCUCUCGUCUACUUUGGGCUACGUUUCUGGAAAUGACAUGAUGGUCAACGGACACUUGCCUGUUGGCUUUACAUCUGAUUCCGAUAAUGUCAUUGAGAUUGUUCAAGCGGAAAUGACAAACAUUGCUGUUUUGAAAGCCAAAAUAUUGCGGAUGCACUUGGCAUUUAAGGAUCUCACGGUCUUGUCUGUCAAAUCCAUUCUUGUAGACUUGCAGACAUGGUAUGGGAGGUUACCGGCCCAAAUCAGGCUCGACUAUGAUGAACGCGACUCUCUGACGCCACUGACAAAAUGGAGCAUCUAUCAUGUUCAUCUCCUUUAUCUGGGAGCAAAUAUUAUCUUGUACCGCCGCAUGUCAUCUCAACUCAUAGAGACACGUCACUCUGGCAUUGGCCAAGGUGUCUUGCAAUCACCUCUGGAAAAGCUCUACAGCGACCACGGUGGACAAGCAGUGCUGGCGGCGAAAAGCUCUGCCCACAUGCUGUUUUCCAUGCUCCAAGAAACUGGCAUUUUUAGACGCUGCUGGCUCAUCAUUUUCCAAUCUUACACGUCGUGUUUGAUCAUACUCCAUUCGGCUACGCAAAAGAUGCUCCACAGCUGGAGACCGAGCAGCUGGCAAGACGACUUGGCAAAGGCCGAUCUUUGUCUAGAGGUGUUAAAGUACUGUGCAUCAGCCGACCCAACGGCCCAACGGUUCUACUCGGAACUCAAGGAAUUCCGGGACUACAUCGCCGGGCAAACAAACAGUGCGUCGCCUGAUGGCAGCUAUACCUUGUCUCAGCCACAUCUUGCGAGUUCGCAAUCCAAUAUAUCUCACCUCCUCGCUGCUGAGGACGAGACGCAAGACUCGUCUUAUCUUAUCAGGAUGCCGUCAAAUGCCAGACCUGAUCAUCUCGAUGUCUCUUGUCGACUCCUCAUCAAGCUUUGUCAGCCAUAUGGUGAUCCGGAGCACCAAGGCGCCGGUAUUGAAGAUGUUAAACAACGGUGGCGUGACGAGCCCACGCGAGCACUUCACAGCCUGAUGAUGGCACGACUCGAUUGGGACUUGGAGUCACGUCAAUCAUUCCAAUGGGAUUCAAGGAAGCUGGCCAACAUCACUUCGAAUCCUACGAGUGGGUUUGGUGCGCCGGUUGUGUCGAGGGCUGGUGACACACUGAGUAUCAUUCAGCAAGUUGCCCCUAGAAGAGGCAAUCUGGAGGGACAGUUUCUUGGUAGCAUGCAGCCCAGCGGUUGGAAGAUGCCGCACAGCGCAGUACAUGUGGCAUCCGACUUGCCCAAGAAUCCACGAGCGACUGGACCGCAGGUCACAAUCGAGGAAAUGGUUAUUGAUUGA